AUGGUGAAAACUGCGCUCGGAGGACAGCAGGCCGGAUGGAGCGUAGGCGGUGAGACGGAACAUUCCUUCUUCCGGGCACACCCAAACCAGAUUAGCGCGACUCGCUUAAUGACUCAGCCGAGCACCCGCACCACACGCAAAUUGUGUGUGCGCCUUCGCAUCUUUGAACUGAAGCCGACGACAACACACGACAAUCCGGGUCCGACUUUUGAUCUCUUGCGGGUCUUUUCCUUCGACUUUUUUGCCUCGCCCGCUGUUGCUCAGAGAUAUCACAAUGCCUUCGGAACAGGGACACCGACUCUGGUCAAGAUCGAGGGUGUCGAUGACCCCAAGGCUGCCGGCUUCUACCUGGGCAAGAAGGUCGCUUUUGUCUACCGGGCCAAGCGUGAGGUCCGUGGCUCCAACAUUCGCGUGAUCUGGGGCAAGGUCACCCGGCCGCACGGCAACUCCGGCGUUGUGCGCGCCAAGUUCCGCAACAACCUCCCUCCCCGCUCCUUCGGCGCCACCGUCCGCGUCAUGCUCUACCCCUCCAACAUCUAA